AUGAAUAACACAGAUAAUAAUUCUAUUUCUUUGCUACACGCCAUGUACAAUGAGAUACUAUCUUUGAAGGCAGGCCAAGAAAAGACCAAACUUGAAAUGAAGGCCCAGAUCAAAGAGUUGAAGCUCAAAAUGAAGACAAGCAUUGAAGAUUUGAAUUUGGAGAUUACUGCUCUCCAGAAGCAAGAACCAGUUGAAAGCCCUAUCAGAAAUUUCCAAGAACUCAACAUUUUGCAUUUGAUUAUGAACUCGAUAAUUGAAAGAUUUGAGAGAACUGGAAGUGUGGAGUACAAGUCUCUGGGUGGUAAUUUUAGAACAAUCAGCAAAGAUCAUCACAAACAGUUUAUUAUGGAUGUGAUUGAUAGCAACAAUACUAUCACUCUAGCAGAGCUACAGCAAGAGCUAAUGAUAGCUAAUAUGCUAUCCCAAUAUGAAUAUGUUCUUAUAUGUGAUAAAUCCAACAUCCAAGUGUCUGGAUCACCACAUCACCUCUGCUACAUUGAGAGAAUCACUCUCAAAAAAGCAGUACCAAUUGAGGUGAAGAGGAAAGACGAAGUUACUCUUAGAAAAAGAUGCGACUUUAUCUUAAGUCUGCAGCUGAAAGAAAUCUUAUACAGCCAAAACUGUAUUUUUAUUGAUGAGGCCAGCUUUAAUAUUAACUUGAUCCAGGGACGUGUCAGAGCGAAGGCAGAAGAGCAUGCUCUUGUGCCAACAAAGUUUAAAAGAGCCAAAAAUGUGACAAUUCUUUUUGCUUUGUCAUCUGAGGGAGUUGAAUUGUGUCAUACAAAGAUAGUGGAAGGUGAAACAACUGGCCCAAUUUUCAAAGAAUUUGUUCAACAGUUGGUUGAGAAGUUAGAUGCAGUCAAUGCUAAACCAUAUCAUCUUGUUGUAGAUAAUGCAAGAAUUCACUACAACCCUGGCCUUAGAGAGUGGUUGAAGCAAAGAAACUACCUACAAGCUAAACACCCUCUGGAUGGCCAGGAAAUGCUUGUAGAAAGAAUCAAGGAUGGAAGCAACACAAUAACCAAGCAAGAUUGUGAAGGUUGGCAAAUUUGA